AUGGAUACCAAUCUAUAAAUUGUUGAAUUGUAUUUUAUAGAAACUAUUGAUAGUAAAAGUGUGUCGGCAAAUGAAAUUAGUAUCUUAUUAGUUGAGGGAAAUAAAAAAUCUUAAGUAGAAAAAAUCAAUGUUUAGAGGGAAAUAAAUAGACAAUUUAUAAAUCAUAAGUAAGUGGAGUGA